UAUGAGUCAAAUGUAAGGACACAUGGAUUAAAUCCAGGCCAGAGUUUAAAUCAGUGAGUUAUUUUGGGGGAACUGGACUGAUAAUGUUGGCAAUCUUAUAUCGGUUUUUAUUUCAGGUUACAGAGCUGACUGACAUCAAAAAUGUAACGAGGUUACCAAGUGUCAAAAAGAAGCACGCACUGAGUGUGGUUUUCAAUGACGACUCCUCCAAGGCUAUUGCUUUCGAGUCAGAACUGGAGGCCAACGAGUGGUGUAAAGCACUGCAAAUGGAAUGCCUUGAGUCGAAAAGUCGAGACUUAAACUUCGGGGAGCCAGACCUACUGGCAACGAGAGCACACAGAGAGCAGAGUGAGAGAUUCCAUGUGUUCUUGAUGCCAUCUCGUAGCUUGGACGUACACGGGGAAUGCCUUCUUCAGAUUACCAUGGAAACCAUUUGCCUCCUUGACGCGCUCAGCCCUCACUCCAAAAUCACGUCCUGGCCGUUGACAGCUCUGCGUCGUUAUGGUCGAGAUAAAACCUGGUUCACCUUUGAAGCUGGGAGGAUGUGUGACACAGGGGAGGGGCUGUUCACCUUUCAGACACGAGAGGGAGAGGCCAUCUAUGAGAAGGUCCACUCAGCAGCGUUGACCAUCGCAGAACAUCACGACUGGAUGACUGGGACGUCCAAGAAUGAGAAGACGACGGAUCGGAGUGCGGCUGAUAAGAUCGCGAAAUCGCCGUGCCGUCUGAGCGAGCGCUGGCCGUGCGUCAGCCGACGAGGAGGCGGCGGCGGCGCGCGGGCGGGGCGCUCGGAAGAGAACAUCAUUGAAGAAAACAUCAUUCCUGUAGAAGUCAAGGAGAGGAGGACUUGCAGAUGAGAAUGCAAAUUCACCUCAAAGAAAAGACAGAAGAGAAACUCAUCGAGAAGAUGAGAUUUGAAAGCACAUUUAUAUUUUUUUAAAUCGCAUAAAACUGACGGAAGAAAUUUUGGGUAACUGAGCUGAAAUGUCCAGUGUUUCUUUUUAUGAUAAAUAUGAGCCAGAUGAUGCACCACUGAUUUCAGUGACUUUGAAUUUUAAUGUAACUGAUGUUGUUUUUGUUCAGCACACAACUUGCUAGGUAUGUAUGUAAGUUUGUAAUGUUAGAAGUUUCAUUGCAAACAUACUGCAUUAUUAUGUAUGAUUAAUACACACAUUUAAACUGAGGAUUAUAAAUCAAUAAGAAUUAAUUUCUAUAUAUAUAUAUAUAUAUGAGAGAGAGAGAGAGAGAGAAAAGCAACUUCCUAUUUUGUGUAUAUACUGUAGAUUACCAUGUAAAUAUGUAGGACAUAAUGAGAUUUUAUGUUUUGAAAUUAACACAGGGGAGAUUUAAUCUUACCAGACAGUAGCCAAGAGUAUGGUGCUUUUUCUUUAAAAGAACUGUUGCUCCACCAGAGUGUGCUAGUGGACUGAAAUACAGUUGUUGUUGAUAGAAAAAUUCCAUUGCACUAUUUGUUAGAGUAAACUGGGCUGACUAUAUUUUAUUAAUUUGCUUGAAGUUACAUCAUUCUACAUGGUGAUAACAUGAUCAUGGCUGUACCAUACAAUAAAACUCCAUUCUCAUGAGUAUAAAUAUUUACAUAAACUGAAAUGAAUGUCCAUGUGUGUGUUGCAUAUCAACUGUAUGUUUAUUCAUCCAUCCAUUUUAUAUACCGCUUAUUCCUGAUCCGUGCCAUGUGGGGGCUGAAGCCUAUCCCAGCAUGCACUGAGCAAGAGGCAGGAAUGCACCCUGUACAGGCCGCCAAUCUAUCGCAGAGCCCACAC